AUAUAAGCAAAACCUCUAGAGCUAGCUACUCUUAUCCGUAGCAUUCACUCUCACCUCCAUAGAGAACACGUGACAAAAAGAGGCGAUGAAGCCGGUUGCGUCUCUUCUCUUGGUGCUGAAUUUUUGCAUGUACGUCAUAGUUGCAGCUCUCGGAGGCUGGGCACUCAAUAGAGCAAUUGACCAUGGUUUCAUCAUAGGCUCAGAGCUUCAGCUUCCAGCUCACUUCUAUCCGAUAUUCUUCCCCAUCGGUAACGCAGCCACAGGGUUCUUCGUCGUGUUUUCGUUGAUAGCUGGCGUCGUUGGCGCAGCCUCGGCCAUAGCUGGAAUCCAUCAUAUCCGGCUGUGGAGUUAUGAAAGCAUGCAGUCUGCAGCAUCUUCUGCAAUUAUAGCAUGGGGUCUCACUCUUCUUGCGAUGGGAUUGGCCUGUAAGGAGAUUGCUUUUGGGGGAAGAAAUGCAAAAUUGAGGACAAUGGAAGCAUUUCUGUUCAUUCUUUCUGCAACUCAGUUUUUUUACAUCGUUGCAGUACACGGGGGACCAUCCAAAGCAUCCCCGAGGACCUAAAAAUUAACAAUUCUCUUGGAUUGGUGUUCAUACCAAGUUAUUGAUUUGUUUAUUCUAUCUAUUAAUUAUUUGUGUUCUUUGGGGUGAAACUAGAGAGUGAUCAUAAAUGUGAUGCUUUAUGUGAUUGAAAGUGAGAUUGUGAUUUUUUUAAUGA